AGUUAAAGGGCCGAUUCUCUGAUGUCUCUGAGAAAGUAUCAGUUGGGCAUGUGCGUUCAAAAAGUUUAGAGAAGCUGAAAUUUGGUUCAGCUGGAAAGAUUAUAGUGCAUUUUGGGCCUUGUACACACAUAAAGACAAUCAGGCUGUUUUUGGGUCAUGAGGUUUUGGGUCAUGAGGUUUUGGGUCAAAUAAAGGCUGGGAAACAUGUUUGUCUUGUAACCAUGAAUUAUUUGCGGUGCAAAAUUGAACACGAUGUAGAAAUAUGAAAUAGGUUGCUGGUGAUUCCGGGAGGCAGCUUGCACUGAUUGCCUCAGGUGUGCAGCUGAUUGUGCAAAUAGGUGCAAGAAGCUGCAAGGCUUCCCCCCUCCUGACGUCAGCUGGCAUCUAGACUCUCUUGAACGCAGCCCUUCUUUUUUUUUCUUCUUCUUCUUCUCCUGGGUGGUGGUGGUGGGGGGGGGACGUUUCGCCUGCAAAAAAAUGUCUCUGUGAGGACGCUGUCAUGAACGCAUCGCUGAACUUGUCCGGCGCUGACCUUGACCCCCAAAGGACGGCGCAGCUGCACCACCGCUCCGUCAAGGUGAGCGUCAUCAUCGUUCUGGGGGCGAUGAUCACUUUGGGCAACAUCGCGGUCCUCCUGGUGAUCACGUCUUCCGUGGCCGGCUGGUCGAGGAGCUCCCGCUACUUCCUGCUGUCCCUCACGGCGGCGGACUCCGCCUUCGGGCUGCUGGUCAUGCCCUUGAACUUGUGGGUGAGUCUCCUGAAGGACUACACCGACGGGCCCGACCAGCUGUGUCACCUGGUGGCCUUUUGCAACGCCACCGUGUACUCCACGUGCAUGUACACGCUGGCCGCCAUCAGCCUGGAGCGCUACAUCGCGGUGCUCUACCCGCUCAAGUACUCGUCCAUGAUGACCAGAAGACGGACUCUGCUCCUGAUCGCCUUUUCCUGGUGCUUCCCCCCGUGCCUCCUGGCGCCCAUAUGCUUCCCGGGUGGCAUCAUCCAGGUGCACUUCUCCACCGCCUCGCUGGUCUGCAACCCGUCUUACUCCACCAACGUGGGCUACUCGCUGAGCUUGGCCUGUGUCAUCUUCUUCCCGUGCUCGGCGGUCAUGACCCACGCCAACUUGCGCGUGUGGUGCGCCGCCCGGAGACAGAGCCGCAAACUGCGUCGGCUGGAGCGCGCGCACCGCGGGAGACACAACGUGGCCUCCAGGGUGCUGGUGCCCGUCAUGGCUGCUUACUUUACUUGCUGGACGCCGUGCAUGGCAGCAAUGAUCUACAACGCACUGUCGGGUAGCUCUGUGCCAGAGUGGCUAGAAUUUGUGGUGGUUUGGCUGCCAACGUCCAAUGGUUUCCUCAACUGCAUCUUCUACUUCUGGAUCAACAAAAGCUUCCGUCAGAAAUUCCACCUCAUCAUGCAUAGACUGGCUUUGACCCUCUGCCCGGCGCUUGUCAACACUCUGGGAUGCUGCAAACCCUCAAAGAUUCCAUUUGGCUCAGGAUAUUUGGAUAAUAACAGCGGAGUCCACGAGCGCUCUUCCAGUGUUUCCUCCACCUGUACCCUGAUGACCUUAGCCUAGCAGCUCUUUCGCGAAGAGCACCACAUGGGCACGGAAGAGGACUUGCCGUUUUAUAUGACUGAAGCUACUUCACUGGUUAAUGCAUUCAGAGGGGACUCGAGUCGAUAUGCAAAUGGUUGGAUGCUCGCACUAGGCGAUGAUGACAAGUGCAUUCAAUAAUUGCAGAUAUGCACUGUAAAAUAUAAUUGGAUUAAUUUGUUUGUAUUUUUAUUUCCUUUUAUGAACGUGCAGUCGAAAGAUUGUUCUGUGUGUUAAGUCCUGUGGAUUUUUGUUGUUGUUUGUCUUUUUGUUUUACCCUGCCCCCACCCAGCCCACAGUGUUGCAAGGAUUGAAAGCACUGUCAGUGAACACCUCUUAAAACCACCUUUUAGUAGUUUUAGAGUGAUUCUCCAGCCUGGUCUGCUUCACCACAUAUGCCAACUGUCUUUAUUACACAUUCCUAAAUGAGUAUUUUAAUGUCAUAGUCUGCAGAAGUCGAUUAAUUUGACAUUUUUGGAUGUGUACGUGACUGCAAGCACUUUGAAGGAUCUUUGCCAUCUGCCUGUUCCUCAUUUUUAAACAUGAGAAUGGACGCUAUUGACACACAACAGCCGGGAGAGGUUAACCUUUAAGUCACGCCGUUUGCGUGUAUGCAAGGAGAAAAGUAAUUAAGCGGCAACACCGUAGAAAGGUCACCACGGGUGUGCUGCCAGAAGAUAACUUUUGAGGUUGUUUGUUUUUCCUGUGAUGCUCCUCAUCUGUCCAUCGGAUGUGCGCUGCUGCCGCCGCCGCCGCCGAGGGGCCACGUCUGGUGUGAAAAAAAGAAAGCAUGCGUUUUCAGUUAUUUUACAAAAGUGUAAUAUGUUGUGCGUUAAAAAAAAAAAAACAUGUCAGUUACAUGAGAUUUUUGUUUAAAUUAUUUUUGUUUGCAAAAUAAGGGGUUAACUUUUGAUGAUAUGGGUUUAUGAAUGAUUAAGAAAUAAAGCAUUAUGCCUUUUGAACCGUG